CGUCUCACCUACCCAAUCUUGUAAAAUCGGACACGAGGACAUCCUGUCCUACUAUACCACCUGUCCACUGGCUGCCUCCAGAGGGUCCAGGCAUGUCCAUCAGGGCCAUCUUUUCUCCUUAGUGGGACAUGGCCCAAAGUCCCAAGCAGUGGAGGUUCUUGACAAGUCAUGUGUGAGUCCUACUUGUCCUAGGCUCCGGUAGUCGAUCCUCUACUUAGACCUCACCACUGAGGUCCGUCCGCUUCGCCAAUGGGAGGUAUGGCCAAGGUGCUGCUGGUCGUCUUCAUCAUGGUUUAUGCAGGAUCCUGUGCUGUCUGGGUGUCUCAGCCCCCUGAGAUUCGUGCACAAGAGGGCACCACUGCCUCCCUGCCCUGUUCGUUCAAUGCCAGCAGAGGGAAAGCGGCCAUUGGCUCUGCCACAUGGUACCAAGACAAAGUAGCCCCGGGGAUGGAGUUGAGCAACGUGACCCCAGGGUUCAGGGGCCGAGUGGCCUCUUUUUCUGUUUCCCAGUUCAUUAGAGGCCACAAGGCCGGGCUGCUCAUACAGGACAUCCAAAGCCAUGACGCCAGAAUCUACGUGUGCAGAGUGGAGGUGCUAGGCCUGGGCGUCGGAACAGGAAACGGGACUCGGCUGGUGGUGGAGAAAGAGCCUCCUCAACAAGCCUCCAACGCAGAGCCAGAGCGAGCUGCCUACACAAGUCUCCUCCUUCGCGCUGGCGUCUAUGCCCUCAGCUUUCUCUCUGUGGCCACCGGCAGUGUCAUCUAUUACCAGGGCAAAUGUGAGUUGCUGAGCAGGGGCAUGGGAACAGAGAAGGGAGGGACGGACUGCAAGAGGAGAGAGCUUCGGGCUGUAACUCUGAGCAGCCCCUCCCCUGCUAUUCCUCCCCAGGUCUCUGUCACGUGGGAAACACCGCCACUCCUCCCACAGCCUCUGAGGAGCGAUUCUAAAUCCCAAAGAUCCAGCACUCAAAGAGGCCGGCAAUAAAUCCUUACAUUUUCUCGUA